AUGGCGCACGGGGAAGGGCUUCAGGGGGAGGACGCGCGGCCAGGGCGGACGGUAUCGGGAAAAGACGCGGGGGAUGGCGGGAUGAGUGGCGGAAUAUUCGGCGGAGAUCGAAGGGUGGUGGAAGAGAAAGCGGCGGAGGUGGAUUGCUACUGUUCGGGGACACGUGGCGACAUGAGAUUGGCUGCUUCGGUGGAAGGGGUGACGGGCCCCAGCAGAAGCCACCAGCAGCACGCGCAUCACCACCACCACUUCGAAGCAGCGCGGGGCACUCCCCUGCCGCCCGCUGCUGCUGCCCCGCCGUGUGCCACUGCCUGUGCUGCCGCCUGUGGGUUGGAGUGCAGGCAGCAGCGCAUGGAGGUGGCCCCCACCCGCCACGCUGCACGCUCUUCCCUCCUCUCUGCCCUCCGCCUGCUUCCCCGCACUCUCUCCCCCGGCCCCCCUUCGCCCGCCUCCCCUGCCGUGCCGUCGCCCCUGCUCGCACCACCCGCCCACCCCACACACCCUUCUGCACUGGCCGCGCCUGAGUGUGUGGUGGGGCGAGGCAGCAAUGGGUCAUGCAGCGGCGACUGCUGUGUGGCGGACACGUGUGCUGCUGGGAGCCUUGCUGACCUCGCCAGCGAGGAGGGCGAGAGGGAUCGGUCGUAUGCGGAGGACUGCCGUGUGUUCACAUGGGAGAAGCCGCACAAGAUGCACAAUGUCAUGGCAACGGUGUGGGACGAGUUCACGGUGGCGCAUGCGGUGGGGUGGUGUGCCAAGGCGCUCAUUAUCCGCGACCGUCGCAUGCUGCUGCUGCUCUCCAUUGCCUUUGAGCUCACCGAGUGCAUGUACAGGCAUCUACUGCCCAACUUCAACGAGUGCUGGUGGGACUCCCUUAUCCUCGACAUCAUGCUCUGCAACACUCUCGGCAUGGAGGUGGGCCUCUGGCUUCUCCAAGCGUGCCACAUGCCGCGCUUUGAUUGGUUCGCCGGCGUCUCGUCUCUCAUCGCCCACACGGCACCAUCCCUUGCGCAUCUCGUCUCCACCACUCGCCAGUCCCUUGUGGCAGCGCUGCUCUUCCUCCUAGUGCUAGCAGCGGACCUCUGUGCUUUCUUCCUCAAGCACUGCCUCGCCCUGCCGCCACUUCACCCCUUCAACACCCUCCGCCUCUGCCUCUGGGCUGCUCUCUCUCUCCCCGCCGCACACUGCCUGCACUCCCUCCUGCACUCGCCUCUACUCGCCUGCCCGUGCCCCUCGGCCUCUGGCGCAGGGCGGGCGGGGGGGAGGACAGCAGGGGAGAAUGGAGCAGGGCGGGGUGAAGGGGAGCAUCCAAGGAAGGCGGAUGGGUGA